UUUUUGGUAUAGCGACUACUUGUUCCUUCUUGGUAUUGGAUCCGAUCUCCCUCUCCAACUUUUAUACUCUCUCUCCACCUCCCGCCAUGGUUGAAACCUUGAACAUCCUCUGAUUGCCGCAACAAUCAUCUCGCUUUUCUUCUUUCUUGUCAUUGUCGCCCGCUUCUGCUUCAUCUUCUUGCAGGAAGAAGUAAAGAUAUAAGGGUUUUGGCUAUAGGGAAAUUCACCAUGUUGAAGAAAUCGUCAAGUCGGAGCAGCAGGUCGAAAGGCAUCAAGGUGAAGCAUAUUCUGCAGAUUGUUCUGUUGGUUGGUGUUUGCUUUUGGUUAAUUUAUCAGGUAAAACGCUCCCAUGACAAGAAGAAAGAAUUUGACCAGAAAGAUAAUGAAGUGAUAAAAACUCAGGAUGGUGUUGAUGUUUUGAAACUCGGAAGGAAAGACCUUCACCCCCAUGUUGAGGAAGUUCAUCCCGGUGAGAAGCAGGAGGAAGAUGAGGAAGAAGAGGUGGGAGGUGAGGAAGAAGACUCGAAGCAUGAGGAGGGAGAAGAGGAUCAUGAAGAACUGAAAAACGAGGCAGUCAAUGAAAAGGAUGAAGGAAGCAAGCAUGAAGAGGAGACCAAUGACGACGGGAGAGGAGGAGGCGAUGAUGACAUAGAUGAGAAUGAUCAAGAGAAGGCAGAUAUUGAACCCGAUCAUGAAGGUGAGAAGGCCGACGACGAGAGAUUGAAUGAAGACAGUGAUGAGGAGGCGGGAGGAAAUGAAGAGAGGGAUAAGGAGGAGCAAAAAGAAAAUGAGAAUUCUUCCGAUGAGCAGGAGAAUGACGGUGGCGAUCAACGCAAUCACGAGGCACGUGAGGAAAACUACAAGGGAGAUGAUGCUUCUAGUGCAGUCGCCCAUGAUGAUGACCACUCUACCACCUCACAGACAGAGGAAGUGAAUUUGGAGAAUUCAAAUGGAAACUUGGAGCUGCAAAACAAAGAACAGGAAGGUGAAUCUAUCGACACCGAGGAAUUUAAACGGAUUCACAACAGUUCACAGUUAACUGAGGAAGUUGAUAAAAUGGCUGACAAUGGAACUUCAACCAAUGAGAACCCAAGUAAUGUGAAGAACACGUACCUACCUACUGAUGGUUCAGUUCAAAACUCAACCCUGACUACUCAAUCCAUUGAUCAACCCGAACUUAGCGAUAAUUCAUCCUUUGCAACAACUGAGACAAAUAAGGUAGAGAAUGCUGAUUCUUCCCAGCAGAAUGGAUUGGAAAUUGGUUUGAAUCAUGCUCAAAACGAAACCAUAGAGAAUUUGACUGCUCAGAAUGAAACAUCUCUUCACUCGUCGAUGCCUACAAAUUUGAAUGACACGGUUUUGGAGAACAACCAUUCUGAAUCUCAGUCUAACACUACCAGUAUAGAUGAAAAUUCAAAUGGGGUUGAAGGCAAGACCUUGAAUAUCACUAGUGAGGCAGGUCUUACUGUUACAGAUGACAAAACGACCAAACCAGAGAAAGACGACAAAGCGACUGAACUGGAGAAUGUUUUACCCACCAUGAAAACCCAGGAGAACAAUGAAACUACUCAGAAUGAGAAGCCGGAAGAUACUGGCGAGAACAGUGAAACUGCUCGGAAUGAGACGCUGGAAGAUACUGGCAAGAACAGUGAAACUACUCAGAAUGAGAAGCCGGAAAUUACUGGCGGGAACAGUGAAACUACUCAGAAUGAGAAGCCGGAAAUUACUGGCGAGAACAGAGAAACUACUCAGAAUGAGAAGCUGGAAGACAAUGGCGAAUCCAAUGGCGAGAACUCUGACCCAGCAAAUCAUACUGAAGACCCAGUUCAUGAAGAUCCAAUCGAUUCGAACGACUCCCAUGUAACCGAACGUGUUGAUCUGGAUACAUUACCCGAUAUUAGAACCGGGGUUGACCACGGUGACGAGGCUGCAGCAGAAUGAGGAGGGAGGGUUUCUUUCAAGGAAGCGUUUUUGAGUUUUCUGAUUAUGCUGAGUGUUUGUUUUGUGAAUUGAAAAUUUGAUCAUCUUAUACUCGGAGGAUCGGCUAUAGGAGGAGGAAGUUAGUUAACUUUGUAUAAUCAAUUUCAAUCCUUCUUUGUUGACUGCUUGGUUCUAUGGAUGUGAUAUCUGAACGUAUUAUAUAUAGUUUUGGAGCAGUUGCUUAUUCAAUUCUU